GUUUAUUUCCUCAUUCCUCCCUCAGUUCUGUAAAAGUUAAUCCAACUUUUCAGAUGCUGCCUGGCAGGAAUGUGAUCUUUCGGGCCUCCUCGGAAGUUCCUGAGUAGCGUAAUUUCUGCAGUAACCGAGGAUGUGUGUUUCGGGCAGUGAUGGGGGAGGGAGGAGUCCCAGAAGGGCGAGCGCUAUAAAAGCAGGGGCGCAGCGGCCGGCUGAGGAUGCAGAGAAGCUGCAGAGAGCCGAGAAGAAGCCUUCAUCAUGGGGAACUGGUUUGUCAACAACUGGUUUUCGGCCAUCAUAAUAAGUGUCUGGAUGGGACUCAACAUCUUCCUCUUUGUCUAUUUCUACUUGUACUAUGACACCAGGGACGACUUUUUCUACACUCGUCACUUGCUGGGGUCGGCCCUGGCCUGGGCCAGAGCUCCUGCAGCCGUGCUGAACUUCAACUGCAUGCUCAUCCUCCUGCCUGUGUGCAGGAACCUGCUGUCUCUGCUCCGAGGCUCCUUCGUGCGCUGCAGCAGAACAAUGAGGAAACAACUGGACAAAAACUUGACUUUCCACAAGCUGGUGGCGUACAUGAUCGCCUUGAUGACAGCCGUUCAUAUGAUCGCCCACUUGCUGAACGUGGAGUGGUAUAACAACAGCAGACAAGGCGUUUACGACAAGCUCAGCACCGCUCUGUCCAACCUGGAAGACGACCCCGUCAACAAAACCACCUUCCUGAACCCGAUCCGCAAGAACGACAUCGACCCGCAGCAAAUCCCCACCUACUUUGUCUUCACAUCCAUCGCUGGCCUCACAGGCGUCAUCAUCACCCUGGCGCUCAUCCUCAUCAUCACGUCGUCCAUGGAGGUCAUCAGACGCAGCUACUUCGAGGUCUUCUGGUACACCCACCACCUCUUCAUCAUCUUCUUCGCCGGUCUCGUCAUUCAUGGCAUUGGGUAUAUUGUGAGGAGGCAGGAACACGAGUCGGCUGAACAUCACGACCCCCAUUUUUGUUACAACCGCACAGAGGAUUGGGGAAGGAUUCCCGAGUGUCCCGUCCCACAGUUUAGUGGGGGACCUGCGCAGACUUGGUAUUACGUGCUCGCCCCAAUGAUCAUUUAUCUAUGCGAGCGUCUGCUGCGCUUCAUUCGCUACAAUCAAAAUGUCCAAUACAGAAAGAUUGUGAUGCGACCGUCCAAAGUGCUGGAGCUGCAGCUGGUGAAGAAGGGCUUCAGGAUGGACGUGGGCCAGUACGUCUUCCUCAACUGCCCGGCCAUCUCGCAGCUCGAGUGGCACCCGUUCACCAUGACCUCCGCGCCCGAGGAGAACUUCUUCAGCGUCCACAUCCGCUCGGCUGGAGACUGGACCGAAAAACUCAUCGACAUCAUGCAAAAGCUACCGGAGGGAGCCCAGGGACCCAAGAUGGGCGUUGACGGGCCUUUCGGCACGGCCAGCGAGGACGUGUUCGACUACGAGGUCAGCAUGCUGGUCGGCGCCGGCAUCGGCGUCACUCCCUUCGCCUCCAUCCUCAAGUCCAUCUGGUACAAGUUCAAAGACAACGAUCCCAAUCUGCGCACCAGAAAGAUCUAUUUUUACUGGCUCUGCCGGGAAACCCACGCCUUCGAGUGGUUCGCCGACCUUCUGAAGGCGCAGGAGAAGGAGAUGGAGGACCGAGGCAUGGGGGAUUUCCUCACCUACAAGCUGUUUCUGACCGGCUGGGAUCAGAGUCAUGCCAAUUACGUCAUGGUUAACGUUGAUCGGGAAACAGAUGUGGUCACCGGCCUCAAGCAGAAGACUCACUACGGCCGACCCAACUGGGACAAGGAGUUUGAGGAAGUCCGCAAAGAAAACCCCACGUCUGUGGUGGGAACUUUUCUGUGCGGCCCCGAGGUUUUGGGAAAAGUUCUGGAGAAGAAAUGCGGCAAGUUCUCUGACGUUGACCCUCGCAAGACCAAGUUUUACUUCAACAAGGAGAACUUCUGAGCCAGAACAAUAGAGCCAUUGUUGAAAGCAGUGACUGAGGACUGGUUUUGGUUAGUGAGUAAUUUCUUGCAACACACUUGGUGACCGUGAAAGGUGCACAGCAACCUGUGCAACAGGCUGAGUGGGUUUAACAAUCAAGUCCACUUUGAUAAAGAAAGAUACUGUUGUUUGUCAAAGUGACUCAGGGUUCGACUUUAUUGCCAUGAAUCAUGACGGCUUCCAGUAAGCCAGCUCGAUUAAAGUUUUAUUCUUACUAUAUGAAGUCUGCUAAAACGUGCUGACAACACGUAGACCUGACUGGAUGUAUGUGUGUUAUAGUAUUUAUUUAUUUUUUAAACACAGCUGGUAUGGCUCUGAUUUUUAAAAUGGGCUGCUUUUAAUGUCUGUAGAUGAAGGUGUUUUUUUUUUUUAAUGAGCUGUUAAAUCUAGAUUUGUAGAAAUGAUUAUGAAGGCUUUGCUUUUGUUUUUUCCCUCUGUAAAACUAUAUAUUUCCUGCCAGCUGACUGUUAAAGCUUUGUAUCUUGACUGUGUUAAAGCUAUACAUAGAAUAAAUCUGUUACAGGAAAUCAUUUUUAUUUUUUUUCUCAAAUAAAUUACUCAAAACCUUGCAGUCACCUUGU